GUUUUUUUUAUUAUGCAGAACGUCCCUACUGAAGAUUUGAUUAACGAGUUGGAGCGCCGUGUGGACUGCUCCAAGAGAAGAGGUGUGAGAACUAUUCUCAUUGGACCUCCUGGUUGUGGAAAGGGUACCCAAGCUCCUGAAAUCAAGAAGGAGUACUGUGUUUGCCAUCUUGCUACUGGUGACAUGCUCCGUGACGCUGUUGCCAGAGGUACUGAGUACGGUCUGCGUGCCAAGGAGGCCAUGAAUGCUGGUCAGUUGGUGAGCGACGAUAUUGUGGUGAACAUCAUCAAGGACAACAUCAAGAGCCCUGCUUGCCAGAAGGGUUUCAUUCUGGAUGGUUUCCCUCGUACCAUCCCCCAGGCUCAGAUGCUCGAUGAGAUGCUCGCUGCUGACGGAAUGAAGAUCGAUGCCGUGCUGGCUUUCGAUGUCCCCGACAGCAAGCUUGUGGAGCGUAUUUCGGGUCGUCGCGUGCACCCUGCUAGCGGCCGCUCGUACCACAUCGUGUUCAACCCCCCCAAGGAGGAGGGCAAGGAUGAUGUGACUGGUGAGCCUCUGAUUCAGCGCAAGGACGACUGCCCUGAGGUGCUGGAGAAGCGUCUGGCGGAGUACCACAGCAAGACGGCUCCGAUCAUUGACUACUACGGUGAGCGCGGCUUGGUCAAGACCAUUCAGGCGGAUGCUCCCAUCGAACAGGUGUGGAAGGACAUCACGGCUGCUUUGGGUGAAGCGGAAAUCUAAUCUUUUUAGGAUGGAUCGUAAU